UGGACUUUGGACUCCACAGCACAAGACUCCUAACUGCCACCCAGUAUAUAUGCAGGGGAGGUGUAGACAGGAGGACACAGACACACCACAGACAGCAUUCAGGAACUAACAACAUACAAAGAGUUAAUCGCAGAAUCAUGAAGGUCCUCGUUGUGAUCGCAUUGGCUGUUUUAACCGGUUGCCAUGCCAACCUUUUCUAUGCUGAUGAGCCCAAGCCACAGCUGGAGCAGCUGACGGAUGCGUUCUGGGACUACGUUGCCCAGGCAACACGCACGGCGGAGGACACCAUUCAGACGAUCAGGAAGUCUCAGCUGGGAGAGGAAGUGAGUGCCAAACUCACAGAGAGUGCCGAUGCGGCCAGCCAGUAUGCAGUCACCCUCCAGACCCAGAUGACCCCUCUGGCUCAAGAGCUCAUGACAAAGAUCACCCAGGAGGCUGAGGUGCUGAGAGAGCGUCUGGGGCAGGACCUGACUGCCGUUAAGGGCAAACUGGAGCCCUACGCAGAUGACAUGAGAACCCAGGUUCUGCAGAAGGUGGAGGAGCUCAAGGAUGCGGUGGCCCCCUAUGCUGGGUCUCUGGACUCCGAGUCCCUGAAGGCCACCCUGCUCCAGAAGAGUGAGGAGCUGAAGAGCAGUCUGGAGCAGAGUGUGCAGGAGCUGCAGUCCCAGCUGGGCCCCUACACCGAGGAGCUCAAGCAGAAGGUGGACCAGCACCUGCUGGACUUCCAGACCAGUGUGGCCCCCUUGGUUGCUGACCUCCAGACCCAGCUGGCCCAGGGAGGCAAGUUGGUCCAGCAGAGGCUGGCCCCCUACGCUGAAGACCUGAGAGGCAAACUGGACCCCUAUGCCCAGGACCUGAAGACCCAGCUCACCUCCCUGUAUGAGUCCUUCACCAAAUCCAGCUAAAGACACUGCCAUUUUCAUGCUUCAAUAAUUUAUCUGAACUUGAUUUGUUCAUGAAAAAUGUGAACCAUUUCAAGCAGUUUCCUUUUUACAUUGUGUUAUGAAUUUAUUUAUUUAAAUGUGACAAAAGCUUUGUGUUUUCAUCUGAUUUAUAUAUAAAUAAAACAAACAACUUCA